GUUCUCCUGCUUGUGAUCGGGCGAACAUGAGUUACAUUAUGGAUAACCUGUACGGGCCCGGUUAUUACCGUAAGGGCCAAGUAGCCAUGAGGACAAGGACAACUCCAGUGUCAAGUGGCUACCAGUCUGCCACCUCCAGGAGCUCAGUUUCCUCUGGUUACCGACGCACAGGUGGCCUGUCUGCCGACAGCCUCGAGUCCUACAACGGAGAGCCAAGAUCCCGCAGCGAGAAAGAGGUUCUCCAGGCUCUUAAUGACCGCUUCGCUGUCUACAUCGACAAGGUGCGCAACCUGGAGCUGCAGAACAAGCACCUGGAAGCGGAGGCAGCUGCGCUGCGACAAAGUCAAGCCGGGCGCUCAGCCGUCGGCGAGCACUACGACCGCGAGCUCGGCGAACUGAGGGAGACCAUCACUCAGCUGACCCAGGAGAAAGUGCAGUUCUUCCUGGAGCAGCAGCACGUCGAAGAGGACCUCCAGCACCUCAGGGCGAGACUUGAAGAUGAGAUGCGCGGCCGAGAGGAGGUGGAAGCCGCCAUCCGCGCGGUGACCAAGUACAUAGACGAGUCCGGACUCGCACGUCUGGAACUGGACAAGAAGAUGGAGUCACUCCAGGACGAGUGCGCCUUCCUGAAGAAGAACCACGAGGACGAGGUGACUGACCUGGUUGCGCAGAUCCAGGGCGCUCAGCUGACUGUGGACUCCCGGGACCAGAUGAAGGCUGACUUGACCAAUGCCCUCCGUGAAAUCCGCGCAGAGCUGGACGCUCACGCGUCCAUGAACUCGGCACAGGCUGAGGAAUGGUUCAGAGUCCGAAUGGAUAAACUGUCCGAUGCGGCCCAGUUCAACGACGACGCAAUACGUGCUGCGCACGACGAGAUGGCCGAGUACCGGAGGCAGCUGCAGAGCCGCAUUGUGGAGCUCGAGACCCUCAAAGGCACCCGGGACUCACUGGAGAGACAGCGCUGCGAGACGGAGCACCAACACCAGGGAGACAUGACAUCUCUACAGGAAACCAUUCAUCAGCUGGACAGUGAGCUGAGGGGCACAAAAAUGGAAAUGGCCAGUCAGCUUCGGGAAUAUCAGGACCUGCUGAACGUCAAGAUGGCUUUAGAUAUCGAAAUAGCUGCUUAUAGGAAGUUGCUGGAGGGAGAGGAAACUCGCUUCGUGUCUGGUCUGAGUCCCUACUCCUACCUGGACAGCCGACUCACUGUUUUCACAAAGGAGGAAGAGGUCAUCGAGGAGGAGGGUGACGCAGCAGAUGAGGGAGAGGGAGGAGAAGAGGAAGAAGGAGGUGAUGAAGGAGAGGAAGGAGAGAAGGAGGGAGAAGACGAGGGAGGAGAGGAGGGCGAGAAGGAGGAGGGGGAGGAAGAGAAGGAAGGAGGAGAAGAGGAAGAGGAGGCAGCUGAGGACGCAGAGGGAGAGACUAAAGCCGAAGAGGAGGAAGGAGGCGACGAAGAGAAAGAAGAGGAGGGAGAGGGUGAGGAGGGAGAGAAGGGAGAGGAGGAGGAGGAGGGAGGAGAGGAGGAUGCUGCAGCAGAGGAGGAGGAGGAGUCCAAAGAUGAAAAAUCUUCACCGGGUUCCAAAUCUCCGCAAGCUAAGACUCCCACUUCCAAGUCCCCUGAGAGCAAGUCUCCCAAAGCGAAGUCCCCAGUCUCCAAGUCUCCUAAAACCAAAUCCCCUGAAUCCAAGUCACCUGCCACCAAGUCACCACCCAAAACACCUCAGCCCAAGUCUCCACCCAAGUCACCUGCACCAGAGAAGGUCAAAGCCCCACCAGCCAAGUCUGCCGACACGAAAGCUCCAGCAAAGAAAUCCCCCGAGGCCAAGUCUGAAUCCAAAGAGGAGAAACCAAAGGGCAAGAGCACGCCAGCAGAAGCCGAGAAGAGUGCACCCAAGUCCAAAGAUAAGGAGGAGGAGCAGGCACCCGAAGAGAAGCAGGAAGAGGAGGACGUGAAGGAGGAGGAGGCAGAGAAAGACGGACCCUCCAAGGGAGAAGACAAGAAGGACGAGGGCAAGUCUCCUUCUAAGGAACCAUCUCAACCAGCGAAGAAAGAGGAAGACAAGCCAAAGACUGAAGAUAAGGCCAAGGCGGAGACCAAGCCCGCUGCCAAACCAGCAUCAGAGAAGAAAUCACCCGAGAAGACAGAAUCCAAGGACAAGAAGUCAGAGCCGUCCCAGGCGAAGGAAGCACCUGCAAAGGAGGCAUCGAAAACGGAAAAAGCAGAGAAGUCUUCUAGUACAGACACAAAGCAAGCAAAGGCCACGGAAGAGAAGCCAAAGAAGUAAAGGAGAUUAGUCACCGUGUAUUAUAGAGGAGGGUGAGUGGAGAAGACACCAAAGAGCCUUCAGCCACGGGAACGUUUUCACAACUCUUGUGAAAAAGACAAGCAAUAGUUUCAAUACUGCAAAGGAAUGACAGCUUCAAUGUAUGAUUGUAGUCAAUGCAGAAUGCUCUUAACAAUUCAGUCAAUGUGCCGACUGUCCUAUCAAGUGCAUUUAAAAUGUCCAAUUUGCUGGGAAAACCCAUGACAAGAAUACCGAUCACACACACACAACUCAUGAUAGCACUAUUUACCCUGUACAUGCUGGUCAGGGCUCCUCUAAGAAUGUGACAUGUCAAAAAUAUUAUAUUUGUUGAUAUGCAAAAAAAUAUAUUUAAAUAAUGAAAAAAAGAGUAUAUUUAACUAAUUUACAAAGCAAUGGAGAGAAAAAGCUACCUUAAAAAGCAAUGUUUAUCACACAGUUUGCGCACCGAUUCAUGAAUGCAAUGAUGUACCACAACACACCACACAAGUUGAAUGCAUACAGUUAACUGCUGGGAAUAUUCACUGAAGUGAAGCAUCAAUAAAGGCUGAGCCAGAAACA